UUUGGCCUGUGAUGUUUGUUCAAUCUGUCAGGUGCACACCUGUUAACUGAAAGAGCAAAGUUGGUGAAAGAAUGACGUCGAUAAAGAGAAAUUAUAAACUUGAUUAAAAAAAUGAUGCGUGUCACACCCGUGUCACGUGACAUUGAGGAUGUUAGGAGGAGGGUGUAAGUUAAGGAAAUGUAUUUCACUGCUUGUCAUGGCAUCCGACGUUUCUUUUCAGAAUUUUCUCAGUUUCACUGGCAUUAGCUCGUCGUCGUUGAUGUAAAUAAUUGCUGAAAGUCGUGUUUUUUCAAGAUAUGUAAUGAAAAACAACACACCUAAAACAGGGGAAGCCCAGCCAGUUGCCAUGAGCAGUGAGCUGAAUGUACCAAUGGGCUCCCCAGCUCCAGGUGCCUCAGAAAGACUUCAGGAUGGUGGAGGAAUGGAUUAUCGAGACUGGGUCCGCCGCAGCUAUCUUGAGCUGGUAACAUCAAAUCACCACUCCGUCCAGGCAUUGUCUUGGAGGAAGCUCUAUCUCAGCAGGGCCAAGCUGAAAGCCUCAAGUCGCACUUCUGCAUUGCUGUCUGGUUUUGCCAUGGUGGCCAUGGUUGAGGUGCAGCUUGAAAUGCAGUACAACUACCCGCGUUUCCUGCUAAUCGCCUUCAGCGUGUGCACCACCGUGCUGGUGGCGGUCCACCUCUUUGCCCUGCUCAUCAGCACCUGCAUCCUGCCCAAUGUGGAGGCGGUCAGCAACAUCCACAACCUCAACUCUGUGAGCGAGUCGCCGCACGAGCGCAUGCACCAUUACAUCGAGCUGGCCUGGGGCUUCUCCACGGCCCUGGGCAUCCUGCUCUUCCUGGCCGAGGUGGUGCUGCUGUGCUGGAUCAAGUUCCUGCCCGUGGACGCCAAGCUCUGCAAGCACAACUGCACCAGCACGGCGCCGCAGCAGACACACUACAUCGGCUGGGAGGCGGCGCUGGCCUCCACCAUCAUCAUGGUGCCUGUGGGCUUCAUCUUCGUCAUCUUCACCAUCCACUUCUACCGCUCGCUAGUCCGCCACAAGACCGACCGCCACCAUAUAGAGAUCGAGGAGCUCCACAAGAUCAAAGUGCAGUUGGACGGCCAAGAGAGAGGCCUGCAGGCGGUCUGAGGUCAGGGCUCUGAUUGGCCUCUUUCGUGCCCGCGGUCAUUUCCUGUUCUUUAUCCUUCGCCUUCUCUAGCGCCUCAGUCUGCCACCCCUACGCCUGGGCUGGUUCAAGUAAUCCCCACUAUGCCUGCAGUAUAUUCUUUUGAAUGCACUGCACUCUGUUACGUGUUGUGGAACCGUGCCGUGUGGCCACAUGAGUUUACCCAUGCUACUUGUGUGAGGUCUUGGAGGACAUGUAUAUUUUUUUAAACUUCAUUUGAUGGACGUUUACAGUUUACAUCAAGGGCUAUCUGACCUUUCUUUCAGGUUCUGAUAUAUUUUCUGCAUCUGUGUUGUGCCACCGCUUACUCAACCUUUUUGCAUCCUAUUUCAAAGCCUUCAGUUGUUGAUCAUUCUACUGAUCACCAAUUGAUGGUAUUUUGCCUGAUAAACCCAAAUUCAGGGUUUGUUCUUUAGUAGAUGCAUAGUAGAGUGCAUAAUACUGUAGUGUAAUGUUUCAUUCACUGGUGAGGUAGCACUUCCAUUUUGAUAUCCAGGAAGCGUUGCAGGAGGAAAAAAAGAGUAUGGAAAUUCCUAAUUCUGCUCAUCUGAUGACCGAGGCUGUGUUUGAGAGCACUGCCAAGCAUUAUGCAAAUGAAUCCUGUUGUUUAAGCAGGCAUAUCAUAAGCUAAUUCAGUUCAUUUGUUGAAAGGUCAAUAGUGAUUGUGCCCAUGUACUUGUUCGAUCUUGUUCGGUCCCACCCUUUGCAAUUCCUGCAGUGUUUGUCUCCGCAUCCCAGUUUUAAUGUCAAAUUGUGCUAAUCAAUUAUAUCAAGCUAGCUAUGUACUCAUUUUUCUAUUACUAUACUUUCCCCAAAUGCUCUGUUCCCUCAUAUGGAAUGCCAAAUGCCACCCUGUGAGCACCACUUAAAAUGGCAGCAAGAGCAAACUAAUAAUAUCAAGGAACCUUCCUUUCUUGGAUGGGCCUACCACAUUUUUGCACACAUUUAAUGUUUGUAUCUUUUCAAAUGGAUGUUACAUAGUCUGUCACAGCAUCGGAUUACAUGUUUGUUUUUUGUUUUGUUUUUUAUAUAUAUUUUUGCUUUAUGUGUUGUCAAGCACAAACUUCUAGAAUGUUUCAUCAGGGUUUCUUUCAACGUUUCUUUUGUGGUUGUUGUUGCCCAGUGAAUGUUGGAGGAGUAUGAAUAGUUGCAUUGGAAUUGCUUUUACUAGAAGAGACUCCGCAUAACAACCAGGGUCAAAUAUGCUUUGCCAUGACUUUUUAUGGAAGUCUGUGUACUGCGGCUGAUAAUACAAUAAGUGAAUGCCCAGGAGGGGCAAAUUAAUUACGGCUAAAAAACAUAGUCAGUUUGUUAUAUUUACAUUAUGAUAAUAGAUGAUGUUUGGGUAUGGCUGAAAGAGAGCCUUUGCCAGGUCAUGUAAAUAGGCUAACUGCUAAAUCUUAUUAAUGUGGCCAAGUGAAAGGAAUCUAAUAGGAAGAUGUGAGGAAGACAUUCCAAAAUUAUUUGACCAGCCAUUUGCCUACCUUAUAUGACUAAGGUGAGAAAAUGGACAAGUGCACUUGUAGAGCAGUUGGACAUAAACUGUGUCCCAAUGUGUUGCCUCAUGAAUCAUAUUGUAAGAAUGAUAAAAUAACCAAAAUUAGCCAAUUGGAAAGGUGCAGAGCAAUUUCUAUACUGGGUUCUCUCUAUGCCUGUCAUGAAAUAAGUUCAGCUCUUUAACCACAUGGUGCAUUUGUGCCCUCAAAGUGCCAAUAAGGUGACUGACCAAAUGGAAGGUAAUUUACUGUGCUUAUGGAGGACUUUACUUGCACUUUUCUUUGUUGAGGAAAAUGACUCGUCAGUUUUACUAUGCUGUAACGUUAGGCCUUUUUUUAAUAUUGAAUGCAACAGAAGAAAGCAGUACUUUUGCUCUGUGUAGGCUUCCUGUUUUCUGAGUCAACCUAAUAAUGAAUUGUGAUGCCGCAUGCCUUUUUCUGUAUUGUCUAUUGCUGUCUGUUAAGUUAUGUUCAAUAAACACUGUAUUUUGUUUAUUUUCAGCUGUGAUGUUUGUAUCAAUGGUGUUUUUAGCCAAAAAUGCAAUAAAUGGUCAACUUCAGUGACCCCACACCUUA